AUGAAUGUGAAGGUCUUGUGUCUUCUUUUCCUCUUACCAAUCUGCAUUCAUGCAGAAUGUACAUGCGAAGAUUCAGGCAACCUAAACAAGUCCAACAAGACCCAAGCUCUCAAAUUUAAACUGAUCGCCAUCGCUUCAAUUCUUGUCGCGGGUGCGCUUGGUGUUUGUAUACCUUUGUUUGGGAAGAUGUUUAAAUCAUUCAGCACAGAGAGUGACUUCUUCUUGUUGGUAAAAUUCUUUGCGGCUGGUGUUAUUUUAGCCACGGGUUUUGUUCAUGUGUUUCCGGACGCUAAUGAAAGCUUGGAAAACCCUUGUCUUAGCGACACGGCUUGGGGUGAUUUUCCAUUGGCGAAUUUUGUGGCUAUGUUGGCCGCGGUGACCGUAAUGAUGGUGGAAACCAUGGUUACGAGCUAUUAUAAUAACAGGAAGGUGGAGGCUGUCGAUGGUGAUGAAGAGAAACCGGAGGAUCAAAUGCAUGUUCAUACACAUACCGAAAAUGGUCAUGCACAUGGCUCGUUGGAAGUUCGCAAUAACAAAAUUAUUUCGGUGGUAUUGGAAAUUGGGAUUAUAACACAUUCAGUAAUAAUUGGAAUAUCGUUAGGAGUUUCGGUCCAUCCGGAAACAAUCAAACCCCUUAUUGUGGCUUUGAGUUUUCACCAAAUGUUUGAAGGCAUGGGCCUUGGAAGUUGCAUCACCGAGGCCAAAUUUAAGGGUUGGAAAGUGGCAACGAUGUCGAUAUUAUUUUCCCUUACAACACCGAUAGGGAUCGCGAUUGGGAUUGGAAUCUCAAACACAUAUGACGAGAAUAGCCACCUCGCUCUUAUACUCCAAGGGAUAUUCAACGCCUUGUCAGCGGGGAUACUUAUUUAUAUGGCACUUGUGGACCUCCUUGCUAUGGAUUUCAUGAAAUCAAAAGUUCAAAAGAGCUUUAAGCUUCAAUUUAGAGCAUUUAUUUUGAUUCUUUUGGGGUUAGGUUCCAUGUCUCUUUUGGCCAAAUGGGCUUGAGACUUUAGAACAUUGUAUUUUUAAGUACUUUUUAUAUGAGGU